AUGUUGGGCCGAGAUUUGCUCGGGGAGAGAGGGGACCCGGGCGGCUCUCCUCGGAUCGGCAGUGAUCGCGAGGACGAAUUAAUGAGUCAAGCGACAAGAUGUGUUCGAAGAUUCGCACCCAAUGGCAAGCGCCGGAUGAAACCGCGGGACAACGGACAUAUCACAGCCUGUAAGAUUAGUGAUGUCAACCCGAACGAGAUGGUGGUUAGCUGGUCGGGCGAUCACAUUUACAGUUUUGAUCUAAUUCAAAGCCCCGAUGCCAGAGAAGCCGAAUCAGCAUGCCAAAGGUCCACACAGGAAACCCAGUCUCCGCGUAAACGACGGAGCUCAAAGAAUAGAAAGCGCAAGCGUCGAAAUGGCGCUUCGAUAUCAUCUUCUGAGUUUAGUGGUAAUCGGCAUCAGUCUCGCCGGCGGUCCCACGAACAUCCAGACGACGACGAACCAAUGAUUCGCGCACGGUAUGGGAAUGGCGAAACGGGGGAUGUUCCGCUAUCAGCGGUCUCAGCGCCUACUUCUGGUGCGUCAAGGCGUGCAAGGAAGCAGGCAAGGUAUCCUGUUUUGAACGAAGCGCAAAGACUCAGCAUGCGUAUUGCCAGAGCUCUAGUUAAGCUCCGCAAGGCUUUGUUCUCCCUAGAGGCUACCGUACGAGAGGCAGGCGAAUCAUCAAGCCAGCCAGAUCAGACCCUUUAUCUUGAUUCAUUUUCAACGGCGCUGACACUGGCUUCGGAAUAUCUCCCAAAGAUGGAGGAAGUUAUGCGAACGUGGGGAUACCCGCUCAAUCCUUCUUCUGAUGUGGUCAGGUUCCAGCAGGCUCUUCGUCGAAACAGGGAGACAUCCUGGAGAUUUGUCCAAGCUGCAGGAACGUUAGCCCGCGUCCUGGGAGGCGAGCCCCGCGGAGACUUCCCCCAUGGCGUGCCGUUUAUGCAAAUCAUGCCCGCACCCGGAGAGGGCAAUACUAUCCCUGAAGAGGCUCAGUUCGGCUAUGAUUUCCUAAAGGCCAUUCUGCUGUUUUUGGAAGGAGGUAGAGAGGCUCUCAUUUCAGGUUUCAAGAGUAGUAACGAACAUCGGCGGAGUGUGUCACGGUAUCCGUUGUCUGAUGAAGCUGAUGACAGUGCCAUUGAAUCAGAGCUUGUCCCUUAUCUCCAGAGACUCGCGGGCGACACGCCUGUCGUGAACGUUGAUGCCUCGAGGUUCGAACACGAUAGCACACGUGUACUCUUCCCGAACCAACGCGCAGCCGUGACGGCUUUUGCAAGCGUUGUGAAACUCCCACUCGAAGACCUAGAGAACGCUGCUGCGAGAAUUCAUGAUGGUGACGGGCAUUCUGAUACCUCCCAUAUCCGCUCCCUUGAUCGAACAGCUGUACGGCGGUUUUGGGGCUUAAAGGUCGCUCGUGGUAUUUUAAUUGAGGCAGGUUCGGGGGUGAAUUACUCAUUUACCAACCGCGCCUUCGGCGGGUUGCGUACAAUAAUAGAAGACGAAUCUGAACCCGAAGGCGAAACAGGCCCAGAGAGGUCGCAAGCGGACAUACAACCCGAUUUUGAAGAGUAUCAGAUCUUCGAGCACCUUCACAUGUUGUCUGCCAUGAAUUCUACCGAAGAAGCCUUGAUUUCGGGCGGCGGAGGACCCGAGGCUACUUCUGGGUCUGUAUCCCAGGUUAUUCCCACUCCAUCUACUGAUGCUGAUACCGAGACAAGUGACAACAGCUUCUUCGAACAGCACGCCAAUGAUUCUGAUUCUGAUAGUGACGAGAGUGAUUCUGGUCAUGAUGAGAGUGGAUCUGAUGUGGCUGUGGAGGAGGAGGAGGAGGAUGACGAUGAAGAUGAGGAGGAUAGCAGUGACGACGAUAAUGACGAUGACGGGUUUGAUAUCGAUAAUAGCUCCGAAGACGGUUAUGACAGCGAUGAAAUGCUUGAGCCUGAAGAGCGUAUGCUCCGCCUCAACGGCUUACGAGCAUCCCGAAGAGAGGAUGCGGGACUCGACGUGCCGUGCUCCUCACAUACCAAAGUCUACCGCGGGCAUUGCAAUGUUAAAACUGUCAAAGAUGUCAAUUUCUUUGGCUUGAAUGACGAAUACGUGGUGAGCGGCAGCGACAUGGGGCAUCUGUUCAUUUGGGACCGGAAGACGUGUGACUUGGUCAAUAUUCUGGAAGGUGAUAGUGAAGUUGUCAACGUUAUACAAGGCCAUCCAUACGAACCGACCAUUGCGGCUUCUGGAAUAGACAGCACUGUCAAAAUCUUCUCAGCCGAUAGAAAUGCACAGGAGAACGCUCGCCGCGGCAUCAACAUUCUGAACCCCGAGAACCCAGCCAAUGUGCUAAGUCCGAGUGUCUCAAACAUCGGUGGGCUCAAGAGCUGCAAGCGCAUGCACGAUAGCUACCAGAUAAUGAGUCAGAAUGAUGUCGAACGUCAAGGCGGUAUGGCCGAUGCAUCCCUCACGAGAGAGAUGCUUUCCCGGAUUGCCGUAAGCAUCAGACAUGGUGGAGGACAAGGGAUUGUCGUGGAUGAGAAUUGCAACAUGAUGUGA